AACAGAACACGGACCCGGGUGCCGAGAUAUCAGACUCGUCGCGGGAAGCCGGGCCCAGCGGUGUGCAAAAUCGCGGCGCGAGCCAUAAUUGUCAGGGCCCGCGUUGCGUUUGUCAGCGAUACGAGAACGGCGAAUUAGCCGCGGUGAUAAUGAAUCAAGGUAGAAAUAAUCAAGAGAGGGAAGAUAACUAUCAAAACGUGGGUCACGCACCCUCGCGCGCCUUUCCACAAAAUCGUCCUAGCAACAAUAUGCUACAGAUUCAUCCGAAUUUGAAUCCAAAUUAUCAAAAUCCGAUCGAUUUGAUACGUAAUUACAAUCGUCGACUACAGCAGCAGCAGCAAGAACCGGAGGAGAAUAUUUAUGAACGUUUGGACAAUGACGAUGACGAGGACAGCGAUGAGAACGCGGAGGUUUCUCGGAACGAAUCACUAGCUCAAAACAAUCAAAAUAACGGGGAUAAUCAUACAUACGAGAGAAUAAACGAACGGAUAUCGUGCAGUAGUAGAGCGCAUUGUCGUUAUUACAAAUAUCAUGUACCUGCUCAUAGUUUCUUGAAUGAUGUGGAGGGUACCAGAAAUGCGAGCCAAUACGAUCAACCGAGACAGAUCUACAUUGAUUAUUCCCGACUAAGUAGUAACUUUCAUCAAAACUCCUUGAAUAGAUUAGGUCGUAAUUGCUUUUCCACGGAAAACAUCGCGUAUACUUCCACGAGACGCUCCGCACAUCCAUUCGCGUAUAAUUGCACAUGUCCAUAUUGUAGACAUGCAGACGCGAGAUACAUCUGUCAUCAUUGUAAUAAUCUACACAAUAGAUCACGGUAUCAGGACGCCGCUAAUUCCAGGCAUUACGUAUAUCAAGUCUCGAGAAAUUGCAGAUGCCCGUUUUGUCGCGGCGAAUACUCUUAUACAAAGUUUCCCGCUAACGCUCUUCGCGCCGCCGAAUUAUUCAAAAUGGAAUGUUGCCACUGUAGAAACCCCGCCAAUUGCAUCGGAAGAUAUCUGGAUUGGAUUAAUCGCACCGGACAAUCCGUCAAUAAUCCUUUAUACGCCAUGAUUCAUGUCGGUAGGAUGGAUCGCUCAUCGAUGCUUCCUGGCCACGGAAACACAUCCAACAGCGGAAAUCCACCUAGCAGCGCAGAUCCUGGCCCGUCGACAUCUAACGCGGCAUCUAAUACGAGAUUCGGUGAAUCGAAUCCAUCUUCAAGCUUGCGAUCUGUAUUCGCUCCCGGCGCUUCUACAUCGAACGCUUCUAUCUGUCCCGUAAACCGGUACAUAGAACGCCAACAUACUUGCGACGAUUCUUGUAUUCGCAGCCAAAGUGGCAAUCUAACUGGAAUAUGUCAGCUUCUCGGCAGAUGCGAGAGAACCGAAUGCAAUCACGGGAGACUCUCGGUACAUUGGUGGUUCGUGAAUAAAUGGCUUCCGUUAUGGAAUUCUCACAAUCUCGAUAGGAACGUGGACGGCGAUAGAUCAUGUCAUGUAGACGAAAUAUCACGAGAACAGCGGGAAAGCGAUAGCGAUGAUUCUUAAAUCGAAGAAUCUUUUUAUCAUUCGAGUGCCUGUUUUGCCUGUGUUUCGAAUAUUCAAUAUAUCUU